AUGUUGCCAGCUACAGCUAGGGAUGUUCUCUGUCGACUAUCCGCUUACCUGGAAGAACUCGAGGCUGGGGAACUGAAGAAAUUCAAAUUAUACCUGGGCACUGCAGAGGAACUGGGCCAGGACAAGAUCCCCUGGGGACGAAUGGAGAUGGCUGGUCCUUUGGAAAUGGCCCAGCUGAUGGUGGCCCAUAUGGGGACAAAGGAGGCUUGGCUGCUGGCUCUCAGCACCUUUGAGAGGAUUCACAGGAAGGACCUGUGGGAGCGAGGACAGAGAGAAGACCUGGUGCGGGUCACUCCAAAUAAUGGCCCAUGCUCCUUUAAGAGCCAAUCAACUUGUCUUCCGGAUGCCUCUCCCAGUGCUCCAUGGAAAGAUCCCCAAGCAACCUACAAAGACUAUGUCCGCAGGAAAUUCCGACUAAUGGAAGACCGCAAUGCACGACUAGGCGAAUGUGUCAACCUGAGCCACCGCUACACUCGGCCUCUCUUAGUAAAGGAACAUUCAAAUCCUGUCUGGGCACAGCAGAAACUUCUGGAUACGGGGUGUGGAUACAACAGAGCCGAGGGCCACCAGGCUAGCCCUAUCCAAAUAGAGACCAUCUUUGAGCCAGAUGAAGAGCGCCCUGAGCCACCAGGCACAGUGGUGUUACAAGGGGCAGCAGGGAUGGGGAAGUCUAUGCUGGCCCACAAAGUGAUGCUGGACUGGGCUGAUGGGAGGCUCUUCCAAGGUCGAUUCGAUUAUGUCUUCUAUAUCAGCUGCAGAGAGCUGAACAGAAGCUAUGUCCAGUGCAGUGCACGCGAUCUCCUCUCCAGGUGCUGGCCGGAGCCUGGUGCACCCCUCCAGGACCUCGUCAGGGCACCUGAUCGCCUCCUGUUCAUCAUCGACGGCUUUGAUAAGCUUCAUCCUUCUUUUCAUGACGCUCAGGGUCCCUGGUGCCUCUGCUGGGAGGAGAAACGACCCACUGAACUCCUCUUCGGCAGCCUGAUUCGGAAGUCGCUUCUGCCCCAACUCUCUUUGCUCAUCACCACGCGACCCUGUGCCCUGGAGAAGUUGCAUGGCUUGCUGGAACACCCAAGGCAUGUGGAGAUCCUGGGCUUCUCUGAGGCAGAGAGGAAGGAAUACUUCUACAGGUAUUUCCAUAACACUAGGCAAGCGAACCAAGUGUUCAGCUUCAUGACGGGCAAUGAGCCCCUCUUCACCAUGUGUUUCGUUCCCAUGGUGUCCUGGGUGGUCUGCACCUGCCUCAAGCAGCAGCUAGAGAGUGGGGAGCUUUUACGACAAACAUCUAGGACCACCACGGCAGUUUACAUGUUCUACCUUCUGAGUCUGAUGCAGCCCAAGCCAGGGACCCCAACGUUCAAAGUCCCAGCCAGCCAGAGAGGCCUGGUCUCUCUGGCUGCAGAGGGCCUCUGGAAUCAGAAGAUUCUGUUUGAGGAGCAGGACCUUGGUAAACACGGCCUAGAUGGAGCAGAUGUCUCCACCUUCCUCAACGUGAACAUCUUCCAGAAGGAUAUCAAGUGUGAAAAAUUCUACAGCUUCAUCCACCUGAGUUUUCAGGAGUUCUUCACAGCCAUGUACUGUGCCCUGCAUGGCAGAGAGACAGUGAGGAGAGCGCUGGCGGAGUAUGGCUGCUCAGAAAGGAGCUUCUUGGCCCUCACCGUCCGCUUCCUGUUCGGCCUCCUCAAUGAGGAGAUGAGACUGUACCUGGAGAAGAAUCUAGGCUGGACCAUCUCGCCUCAGGUCAAGGAGGAAGUGUUGGCCUGGAUCCGAGACAAAGCUCAUAGCGAAGGCGCCACCCUGCAGCGUGGCUCCCUGGAGCUCCUCAGCUGCUUGUAUGAGAUCCAGGAGGAAGACUUCAUCCAGCAGGCCCUGAGCCACUUUCAAGUAGUUGUGGUCAGCAAUAUCGCAACCACGAUGGAGCACAUGGUAUGCUCCUUUUGCGUGAGGUACUGCAGGAACGCAGUGGUUCUUCAUUUGUAUGGGAGUGCCUACAGUGCCGCCGCAGGUGGCCCGCAGGAACCAGAACCGUCAGGACCCUUCAGCUCACAUCCACAGGAGAGAAACACACUUCCUGAUGUCUACAGUGCACAUCUCUCAGCAGCGGUCUGCACCAACCCAAACCUGGUCGAGUUAGCCUUGUACCGCCAUGCCUUGGGCAGCUGGGGCGUGCGGCUGCUCUGCCAAGGCCUCAGACAUGCCAACUGCAAGCUUCAGAACCUGAGGCUGAAACGGUGUCGGGUCUCUGGAUCAGCCUGCCAGGAUCUUGCAGCAGCUCUCAUUGCCAACAGGAAUUUAAUCAGGCUGGACCUCAGUGGCAACAGCAUCGGGGUCCCAGGCCUGCAACUGCUCUGCAAGGGCCUGCGGCACCCCAGGUGUAGGCUGCAGAUGAUUCAGCUGAGAAAGUGUCUACUGGAGGCUGCAGCCGGUGGAGAGAUCGCCAGUGUUCUCAGCAGCAACUCACAUCUGGUGGAGCUAGACCUGACAGGAAACCCCUUGCAGGAUUUGGGACUGAAGUUGUGUCACGGGCUGAGGCACCCAGCCUGCAGGCUGCGCACCUUGUGGCUGAAGAUCUGCCACCUGGGCCAGGCUGCCUGUGAAGAUCUGGCCUCCAGCCUCAGCACGAACCAGAGCCUGACGGAGCUAGACCUGGGUCUGAAUGACCUUGGGGAUCCUGGGGUGCUUUUGCUGUGUGAGGGCCUUGGGCACCCACACUGUAGACUCCAGACCCUCCGGUUGGGCAUUUGCCGACUGGGCUCAGAUGCAUGUGCAGGGAUUGCCCGUGUGCUCCAGGUCAACACUUGCCUCCGAGAGCUGGACCUGAGCUUCAAUGACUUGGGAGACAGGGGCCUGCAGCUGUUGGGAGAAGGACUGCGGCAUCCGGCCUGCAGACUCCAGAAGCUAUGGCUGGACAGCUGUGGCCUCACAUCAAAAGCCUGUGAGGACCUCUCUUCCAUCCUGGGGACCAGCCAGACCCUGAUGGAGCUUUAUUUGACCAACAAUGCUCUGGGGGACACAGGUGUUCGGUUGCUGUGCAAGAGGCUAAGGCAUCCAGGGUGCAAACUUCGAGUCUUGUGGUGA